AUGAGUGAUCCAUUCUUUGGCAAUGUGCCGCCCUUAAACAAAGGAGGCAACAGGAAUCUUGAAUUGGAGCGAGAAAGGGAGCAUUUGCAACAGAAUCCUCAAUCUUCGACAAACCCAACAGAUGGCGCAGACCCUCGAGAUCUAGAGUUUUAUGACUUUAACGACUUGAGAAACAACCUUGAUGAAUACAAUGACGCGGAGAAUGCUGAUAAUAUUGGAGACUUGCUGGUUGAGGAAGGUGAUGACCUUAACGACGAAACCUUUGGCGACGAAGUAGUUGGCAAAGACUUUGAUUUCGCAGCCAAUACUGAAAGAUUCAGUUCAGCCUUUGGUGGUGCUCCAGAUCGAUCUGAUCAAAUGAUUUCAGAGGAAGAGGCCUUUUUCGUCAAGCAACCCACGACUCUUGAUACUGCGACAAACAAGGCGGAUGGAUGGCGUAUGCCUGAAGCUGCAGGAUCGAUUGGCAGACGAAGCGAUGGAGGCGAUUUUCGUGGUAGCCGACGUGGAGAGGGUGUUGCUACAGGAGCUGUCAACUCUAUUUGGGGAGGAUUUGGUGAUAGAUUGCCAAAUGAUCGUAGCUUCGGUUCCUUUCAAAGCAAUGGAAACUUCUCUAUUGGUAGACAGCAUCAACCAGUUUAUGCUCCAUCACCACCACCUGGACUAUCGCCAUCAGCUUCGUUUGGUCAACAGCAACGUCAUAGUCGAGGAGUGAGAAUUGAGGAUAUUGCGGCUGAUUUGCUACUUCAUCCAGCUUCAGGAGCUUACAAGGCCGAGCCAGACAAUCGCAAAGUGAUGAGCCUUUCUGAAGUAGAGGCGACGAUGCUUACAAACAAUGGUCGUGACACUUCCAGAAGCCUUGACCAGCAUCCACUCGUGUUCCAUCAACCUCAAGCUUUUCACAAUCCUUCGAUGCAUGCAACGGAUAUUGGAACUGCCGAAUCGCUACGAUUGCUAGCUGCAUCACAAGAGGAGCAAUUGGCCAAGCAUCAGAAAGAAGAGCAACGCAAGGCUCGUUAUGAUGGUCUUAUGACACAACAUGAAAAAGACUUUAUCAGUCGUAUUCAAUUGACCCAGCUGGCAUCAAGUGAUCCUUUCUCUGAUGACUUUUAUUAUCAAGUGUACUCGUCUCUUCGACAACGUGUUGGUAUACCAACGUGGUCUGCAGCCCAUGAACCUCUGGGUAGGAAUGUCCGUGGAAGGAAAGAGGAAAGCGGCAUGCAACGUUUCCAUCAACAGCUUCAACGAGUCGUGAACAAUGCAAAGAAAAACCCCAGGCAAACACAAGUUUCUUUGGAAGGUGCAUUGGGAAAGAUUACAUCUUUGACUGUUCGCAACCCACGUCAAGUUCUGGAAGUCACGGACAAAAAGUCGAAUAAUGCAACACAAGAAGGGUCGCUUCCAAAUCAAAAAAGCAUGCCGAAUAUGUCUUCGAUGAAUGACAGAAAGCGAACACUCAAAAUCGUGGAGAAUUUAUAUCUCAUUGUUCUUGACCUGGAGCAAUUACGCAGACAAGGAACAUCGAAAGCUUCAAAUGGCCAAGAAAAUGAUGCACAAGAGUGGAACAACCAGUACGCAAGUAAAACCAAGAAGCUGUACGAUGCUCUGGGAUUGUCGGAUCAAUCGGACGAGAGUUCAACCACGAUCCUGUCAUUGUUAUCGGUAGCCAAGGGAAUGAAAUUGAUGCCACGCAUUAUCCGUCAUUUCAAUACCGAAGAGAACCUGGCACUUGUUUCAGUCAUUCUUGGGAACUUCUCACACUUGAAUGUCUGCCGAAAUGUCAUAUAUCCAGGCUCGACGAUAGCCAACGUAGAGGAAGCCAGAACUCAAAAAUUUGUAUCAUUCGAUGAAGUGGAACUUUUCAUUAAUACGGUGGCCCCUCCUCUCUUGAAUCUUAUCUCUGAGUCAUCGCUAAAGGUUGUCAACUAUCUCAUGAGAGCGUUUGUUGAAAGGAAUGAUAUUGUGUCAGUUGCACGAACAAAGCCUGGACUUGCAUUCUUGACAAUGAUUCUAUCAAGAGCCGAGAUCUUGAAACAAGGAGAUAUGGCUACUUCUGCGGAUGACCUCCAAGACUGGCAGCAAGAAUACAUCAAAGUGUUCAACGCUUUGAAGAACCAUUACAGCUCGCUAUUUCCAUCAACUUACUACCUUGUUCCCAUGCAACCCAAUGUCACAGCUGUGCAAUUAUCACUUACAAUUGACGAAAUGUACGUCUGGCAAUUCUUGGCAGCCAUGGCAGUCGGAGCCACUAUGGAACAGCAGCAUGCAUUGGUAACAGAAGUGAGGGAGCGUGUCAUGGAAAAUAUUGUAUUGGCCCACAGCAACAGACUUCCAGCUGCUCAAGCGGCCCACAGAAUAUCUAAUGUAAAUCUAUUCUUGCAUGCUCUAGGUUUAGAUUCUUCCCAAGUUUUAGUACCUCGAUGA